AUGGCGAUUCUCCCCAUCAAGCCGCUGGACGGCGCCGACGGCUACCUGCGGUGGAAGGAGUCGGUGCUCCUGCGCCUCCACAGCGUCGGCGUCGCCCACGUGCUCUCCGACGACGCGGUGUGCCGUGGCCACAUCCUCUACAAGCUCUCCGACCGCAUCUUCCCGGACUACGUGCGGCACGGCACCGGCAGGGCGGUGUGGCAGGCCGUGGACGCGUCGUUUGUCCUGUACCCGAGGCAGUACGAGAGGUUCCUCCACCGCUUCCGGUUCCAGGAGAAGGGAGGGCGCCGCCUCGUUCCUGGAGCAGCUCGCGCACGCGGAGGCUCUGGUCGCCACAAUGGACCCUCCGCCCUCCGACUAUGCAAUGGCUAG